AUGGACAUUUCGUCGGCUCGCAGACCGGACGUGAAGAAGAAACUGGUGGUGGUAGGUGAUGGCGGCUGCGGGAAGACGUGUCUACUCAUAGUUUACGCAGAGAACCGCUUUCCGGAGUCUUACAUUCCAACCGUGUUUGAAAACUACGUUACGCAACUUGCGCUUUGGGAUACCGCUGGACAGGAGGAGUACGACCGAUUGCGACCGCUGAGCUACCCAGAAAGCGAUGUUAUCCUUAUCGUUUUCUCCGUUGAUUUCCCGGUCAGUCUAGGUAAUGUUCAAGACAAGUGGUACCCAGAGGUGGCCCACUUCUGCGAAGGGACACCACUGAUACUGGUUGGCACAAAGAUCGAUCUGCGGAGAGAGGAUCAAACACGACGGAUGCUGGCUGCACAGGGACAGGCUCCGGUGACAGCAGAGCAGGGGUCAGUCCAAUGCUCGGCCAAGACGGGCGUUGGUGUCCAGGACGUCUUCAACCUUGCACUCAGGGAAAGUAUGAGAGGUCGGUGGGGGAAGAUGGUGAAGCAACGGCGUUGUGUAGUGGUCUGA